AUGCACGAGGAGACCCGGCCCCGGCGUGGACCAUGGCCUGACGCGAGACACAACCACUUUACCCAGCGCUUCAAGCACAAGAGGAGGCGCUCAUGGCAGAGGAGCUGGCGGGCGUCCACAGAGCCCUCCACCCAUGACUUUCAACAGCGAUCCAGACUGGACUGGUGUGCUUCAGAUUCUGUAAUGGAAUAUCGUGCCCAAGAAGUGCCAUACAUCAUCUAA